AGAAAAAUCAUUUUGUAAUUUUUUUUUUACUGGUUUUACAGGUUACAAGUCAACUUGAUCUAUUCGAGGAAUUUUGAUGUAAAGUUUGUAUUAUUAAAAAAUAAUCAAUAUUUGUAUUAUUACGAGAGAACGGGUAAAAAUUUGUAUAAUUGUAGUUAAAAAAUCAAAUAAUAAAUUGAUAAUAUCAAUUAAAAAUGUCAAAAGUAGGUACUUUAUAAGGAAGUUUCUCUUCGCACGAGUGACAAAUUAAAAUUUCCCUAACUUUACUCUGUAUCGGGCCGUGGUACUUGUUUUAAUUUCAAAUGCUAUCAGUGACAAAUCUUACAGAAAUUACUCAAAUAAAAGUCAUAUUCACCACUGAUAAUGAUCACAUAACUCUAUUUUUUAGAUGGAACAUUUAAUUAUUUUAAUUCAUUUACGGAAAAAACAAAUAUUGCACUAAAAAAUAGUGAAAGUAUCAAAUAAUUAGAAGGCCUAUAUAUAUAGUCUCUUAGCGUGCAAAAAUCGGUUGUAGUAGAAUUAGGAGCUGGUAAGUGUUUGGGGGUGUUAAGUGAAACAAUGCCUCCCACAUGUUCCUUUAUAGCGCAACCACAAACUUACUAUGACUUGUUUACUCUUUACCUACCUUAAUUUCUAUCAUUCACCUUGGUUACAACGUACAAUCAUACCAUCAAAAAGUUAUUGAAAUUAUAUACCUACCUUUAACUAAUCAUCUAGAAGUAUUUAUCUAUACAAAAUAUUGUAUGCCAAAACAAUAAGUUUUAUUAUUGUAUAUCAUAUAAACAUAAAUUUAUAUAUAUAAGUUCUUUUUAAUGUUAUAAUAACCUUGUAUAUACAGUAUAUUUUAAGGUAACUUUUUUCAAAGAACUCCUUAAAUAUAUAAAAUGAUAAUUCGAAUAUGAUCGCAUGAAAAUUUUGUAUUACCAUAAACAAAACAAAUUUAAUUAUUUUUAUUUAUUAAGUGACGCAUGUAAAAAGAACAAUAGAAUAACCAAUUUAUGGUGUAUCAUAUUAAUAUUGUCUUUAUCCAAAUUAAAAACCACAAAGAAAAUAAUGAUAAUUAUAGGGAAAUUAUAUGAGCUAACCUUGAUAUUUAGACCUUUUUCAUGAAAAAUCAUCACAUUAACAUCCUCGUCACGAGUAAUCUUAGACUUGUAAAACGUCAUUAAAACCUAUUAAAUGACAAACUGUGUUAAGCUAUAAAUAUUAACUUUUGGACAGAAGUAGAUUCUUGAAUAAAUUUUAAAGAUUGAAUAAAAUACUAUUUUUAUUAUUUUCCUAAACUAAUACCUAUAUUUUUAUUAUUUUCCUAAACUAAUACCUAAUUUUGCUAACCACUGACAAUCGUAAAAAAAAAUCUUCACUCCUACCACAACAACUACUUUCAAUCUUUCAUCGAACAAACCCGUCAACGAUUACAUCAUACAAAUCAACGUUAAUUUGUACAAGUACUAACCUUAAGUUUGCUCCAUAGAAACUUGUAAAAAUGAAUAAAACUACGUAAUCACUAAUCAAUUCUUUUUAAGUGACUUACAAAUUUCUUCACAUAACAUAGUAGUUGAAACCACCGAGGAUGUCUUAUGCUAGUGGUUAAGAUUGAAGUAUUGUGAAUUAAAAAAAAAAAAAACACAUUCGAAUCCCCUCUCCCCUUUUUGUACUUUGUAUUACCUUCAUGACUCAUAUGAAUUAAAAAAUAAAUAAAAAAUAGUAGUUCAAACCUUAUUUAUUACACUGAACCUGUCCAUGAUCAUAGCAUACAAAAAAAAAUCAUAUGAAAUGUUACAUUUCCCACCCAAAACACGAUUAUAUAUACAAGCUAAGUCAACUUCACAUUCACGUUUAGCAAAGAUUAGAUAUAAACAUUCAGUAUGACAAUAUGUCAAUUGUUAAUAAAAAAAAAUUUUUUUUUUGAGGGGAUGUUAAUAAAAAUAUAUACACAUAAUUUCAAUCAAAAAUUAGAUUCAAUCAAUAAUAUAAAUAUAAAAAUAUUAAAAAAAAAAAGAAAAAGUGUCGGGUUAAUGGAUAAAACUUGUAAAAUAUGAGAAAAAUAGAGAGAGUUUCUAACUGCCAUAGUUUCGCAGCCGUUGAAUAAAGUAACAUAUUUUGUUAAGGAAUUUCAAAGAAAAAAAAUGAAGUUUUAACCAACCCAUCAAAUUUGCCGUUAAUGCUCGAUCAAAUUCAGUUACACCAAUUAAAAUAUAAACUCCCCCACACCAACAGCAUGGCAGUUAUAACUCCCUUCUUCUACCUUCUCUCUCUUUCUCUCUCCUACUUGUAUAAAUACCUCAUUUCAUUUUCUCCAUUCUUCCCCAAGGGGAAAAAAACCCUCCAUAAAACUUCACAAAAUCCCGUCUUUAUUGUAUUGGUUUUCUUCUUCUAAUUUGAUUUUUUUCCUCCAUCAUCCGAAAUGACGUUGUAGGCUGAUCCUAUAGAAGAAUCAGACCUAGUUUUUGUUUUCAUUUAGUUUUUCUUCCAUCAUUCGAAAUGACGUUGUAGGCUGAUCCUAUAUAAAAAUCAAACCUAGUUUUUCUUUCCUAUAAUAAAAAAAAAAAAAAAACUUUCAUUAUAUAUAUUCCUCCCAUCAACCAAUGGGAACACAGAACGAGAGUCAAAACGGCGUCGUAAAGGAUCGGGUGAAGGGAUCAUGGACCCCACAAGAGGAUGCUACAUUGAUUAAACUAGUGGAUCAACAUGGGCCGAGGAAUUGGACUUUGAUUAGCGAAGGUAUUCCAGGGAGGUCAGGUAAAUCUUGUAGGUUAAGAUGGUGUAAUCAGCUGAGUCCAGAUGUACAACACAGGCCUUUUAGCCCAUCAGAGGAUGAGAUUAUAAUUCAGGCCCAUAAGGCCCAUGGUAAUAGAUGGGCUGUAAUUGCGAAACUUCUUCCGGGCCGGACGGAUAAUGCAAUUAAGAAUCAUUGGAAUAGUACUUUACGUAGGAAGCGGGCCCAUGAAGUGAGGACCGAGUUGGGUGAGUGGAAGCGGCAGCGAGUCGACUCGGUGUCGUCUGAGUCGAACUCGGGGGUGGGUGUGGUGUUGGAGCAGGAGGUGGAUGGUGGGGUUGAAGGAUCAGAGGGUGUAGAGACACUUUUGACGCUUUUGCCACCUGGCAAGAGCGUGGCCGUGCCAGGUGGCGGAGAGAGAGAAGGGGAAAAUCAGGUGAGGAAAGGUGUAGGGAAGGGUGAGGAAAAAAGUGAUCAUAUGAUUAGAUGUACGGUGGGAAGACAGGACACGUGUUGGAUUAACUUGAUGCAAAGUAUGAUAGCUGAAGAAGUCAAGAAUUAUAUGGAUCGACUUGUUCUUAAUGGUGAUGGUAUUGGGCCUAAGUCAGAUUCUCAAGCCCAUCAUAAGUAAAUAUUUUUUCAUGAAAUUUUUUUUUUCUUUUGGUCUUUGGCAGCAUAUUUGAGGAAGAAGAAUGUAGAGAGAUUUACUGUUCAUGGGAGAAAAAUAAUAUUAAUAUAAAAAAAGUUAGUUAUUUUUCGUAAUGGUGAAUAUGUGCGGAAUGGUAUUUUAGUAUAAUUGUAAAUUAGGAAGUAAUAAUGCUUUGCUUUACAUUGGACAAUUCAUUAUAGAAUAGAGAGAUUAUCAAGUGUGUUUUAUUUGCUUGUUAAAACAAAAAAAAAAUAAAAAUAAAAAGUGUGUUUAAUUUAAACCUAUUUGACUUAUGAGGCUCAAUAGAUUAUAAAAGAAUACAUAGAAAUCUUCUCACGUAAAUAUCAAGGAUUGUCAAAAAAACUUCUUUUUAUGCACUUCGAUAUAGUUGAUCUUCCCAUUAAUUGUA